AACAAUAAAAUAUGACUUUAUUUUAAAGUUUAAAGUCGGAAGUGUAGACUUAAUAUGUUUUCUACAGGGGAUCUCUUAUUGGUUCAGCUUUCUUCUACCUGAUCGCGCGCAGCCAGUGUGGGCACGUCCAAACGUUCGCGGUAACCCGCUCUGCAGGUUAUCCCGGUGUUUCAGACUGAGCGCUCCAGCAGCGAGCAGCUCUGCUCACGCUUUCUGAGAGCGGACACCAUGAGUAAGUCGAGCACGCUCAAAGUCCGGAGCUUAUUCAAACUUAGAUCACCUGAGAAGGAGAAGAAGGAGCUGAAGAGGUCGGAGUUCCUCCAAAAUGCAGCGGACACCCCGGGGGACCUGUCCGGGAACCCCGGCUCUCUCAGCCCUGGAGACAACCCCACUCUGCCCGGGGAUUCCUCACUCGUGUCCCCGAAAGAAAAGAAGAAACGGCGGCUGCUGUCUCUCAGUCUGAAACGAAAGAAAUCCAAAAGUAAAGACAGAGAAAGAGGAGAAGAGGUGUUCUUCCCUGACACUGAUGAGCUGGAGAGCUUCAGCAGCCACAAGAGCUUCGACCAUGACCAAGUGAGCAUUUCCACAGAGUGCAGCUUCCGCACCGACUCCGACUGGACUUCCAUAAUCAGCUUCGACAUGAACCAGGAGCCGCACAGCCCAAAUUCACCCUCCAAGCUCUUCAAGAGUUCAGAGGAGAAGAAAGGAGUGUUUGGUCGCCUCAGCAACUUCUUCAGCUCCAAGAGGAAGAAGAGCAGCAGCCGUCAUCCUUCAAGUACCUCUGACACCAGUUCCCCAGCUUCCCCCUUGAAUGCACAUUCACCCCAGUCUCAGCCGGAAGAUGGGUUAAACACUUUGGUUUCUUCUCUGGCGGAUGAUGCUAGAGUUCAGUGUAGCGAUACCCUGAGUCAAAGCUCCAGCCUGAGCGCCUCCAGCAGGGCCUCGCUGGUAACAGUAGAAGGAGAUAUGCCAUUCGCAGACAGUAACAGCAGUGGCAGAAGCAGUGUGAGGGAGCUGAAUGCAAUCACAACUCCCUCUACCACGGACCCUCCAUCUACUAUUCAGCCAGAACCACAUCCUGGUUCAGAAGUGGGUUUUGCCGACUCAGUGGUGGAGGAAGUGAGCAAAAGGCUGCAGGUGAAUUUGGAACAAAGAAUAUUGAAUAGACCAGAGAGCAGCAGUGAGGAUGAGAUCAUCAGCCCAACCACACUGACAUCACUUCAGAUCCCACUUUCCAACACAGUGGAGUCCCCAAAGUCUCCUAACCUGACUUCCAUAAGCUUAGCAUCAAAGAAGGCAUCAGUGAAGGUUGGAGAGCGGGUCCACAGUACGGCUCUGAGAGGAAUAACAUUAGGCAAACAGGAGGAAAAGCCUCCAGACGUAACGAGGGAAAACUCAGGAGGGCUCAGGACAAGCACUCGGAUAUCCACCAGCAGCCUCUCAGGUGAAAGUGCACCCACAAGAGGUGAAAAAUCCCGAGUCGAAUCUCCUGUCCGGAUCCACAAAGCCAUAUGGGUGGAAACGCACCUGGGAGAGGAGGAGGUGGAGUGGGAAAAAGAAAGGGAUGUAAUAAAAAAGGAGGAGGAGGGCUUUAGAGCAGACUCGCCGCCUCUUUUGGCCAUACCUGUCACAGUAAUUCCAGAGGAUGACUCAGAAGCUGAGGGCGCUGCAGAGAGCCCUCCUACCCCCUCACAGACUUCUCUGUCCAGUGGCAGCCUGCCAGAUUCACUCGCCUCCCCGUCACCGACUGCAGAGUUUCUGACCACCACAGAGCAGCUGGACACAGACUCAAUGCAGAGUUCACAUCAGGUUCAGGAGAGACACAGACCGAGAGCAAUCCGGAUCACACGCAGGACUGUGAAUCUGCCUCCAAAGAGCAAGGUUUUUGCCCAGAAGGUGCACAUCAACCCUGAGCCGACUGUGGACGAGGAAGGUUCAACUUCAAAGAGCUCAAACACAACAGAGGCAAAACCACUGCUGAACUUCCAAAACAAAGAUGCAGAUUUUAAGGACACAAACCUUGAUCGAUCCACACCAGCAGACGAGUCUCCGCCCUCUGAAACAAAUACUCCUGAAUCCAUAGUUAAAGGUGAAACAGGCUCUGAGGCCUCAGACUUUGAUGACACUUCUGCAGCUGUAGACAUGAACAAAACAAAGCCAGCAGCUGCAGAACCAGCAGCAAGACACCAAGGAACUAACCAGGCUGCACCCCAUAAACGAGGGGUUAAAGGAGCAGCAGAAAGCCAGCAUACCACAGCAAAUGGAAAAAACACCCCGACCUCUGCAGCUGGAAACAAGGCCAAGAAUGUCCCAACAAAGGCAAAAGGCUCCACAGAGGGCACAAAAGUGGAAACUUCCAAUGAUAAUCCAGCACAAAGAGAGAGAGCCGUUAUGUUGCCAACAUUCAAAGACCAAAGUGGCAGCAGUCCCUCUGGUGCUCCAGGUUCAAAGUCUAAAAUCCCCAAAAGGUCAACAUCAGAUGCUGAUGUGAAAUCGCCAGUAACACCAGAUAAGACAUCAGCACCGGAUGCCUUGGGGCCCAAACUGCAAAAACAACCUAGGACCAAAGAGUCAUUAAAAUCUCCAACAACUGCACCCAGACCUGGAAGGAAACCAAGUUUUGAGGAGGCUAAAGGAGCAAAGUCAGUGUCAGGGAACAUUUCUCCCACGAAAAGUAGGAUCGGAACAAAAGUCAUUAAGGACAAACCAGAUGAGGACUUUGAUUCUGUGAACUUGGUAAAUGGCAUGGAGAAUGAGGAGAGAAGCACUAAAACUGGACACCCACCAGACAGGGAAAGCCCAGAAGUCAGAAAAACACAGCAGCAGAGCAACGUGGAGAGUUCUCUGAAGAGCCGCCUACCCAUUUCAUCUCCAACAAGAAAGAAGGUCGAUAUAACUGGCUAUAAAAAGGUUUCAUCCAGUCAGGUGGACUCAGACAGACCUAAAACAGUCCAGAAGAUGAGUCCAGAGCAUCCAGAGCAGAAAGAAGUAAUGCUUGCUGAGAAUCCUGGGAGUGAGACUCCACCACCGCUCCCUGAAAGUCCAAAGAAAGCAGGCAGUGUGCCAUCAGUGAAGCCAUCCAAGCAGCUUUCUAAAAGAAUCCAUGACGAGAGUGACACUCUGACCUCUUGCGUCUCACCACCUCCCACCAAGCAAGAGAAAACUGUCUCAUCAUGGAUCUCCAAACAGAACGACAACCUCAAACAACACCACAAAUGGCCUGUAAAGGAUUCACCUGAGACCUUGUCGUCUGUGAGCAAGCUUCCUAUGAGAGGCCAGAGAAGCUCCAACAAACUGAAACACAGACAACGUUCCCAAAAUGGGAAUUCUGAGAACUCAAAUCACAACACACCUCCAGAGAUGGGUGUAAAAGCACCUGAGAGUGUCACGGCAGAGCAAGUGAAGAAACCUGACAGUAAUGAUGGAUUUGAAUUCAAGACAGAAGAAGGAAAAUGCAUUAUAAAACACACAGAUGAACAAAUCAGUACUCAUGAAACCAAACUGAAAGAAAAGGAUUCUGAGGAAUUAGAGAAGAGGAGAACCAGUACAGCAACUGAAGACAUUUCAAACAUUCAGCAGUUACAAAACAACAAUGAAGUUAUUACAGAAAAUGCUCAAGACCCAGGAGUUGAGGGACUGUGGAGCAGUGAGGUUGACAAAGAAACUCCAUCUCAAGUUACUGAUGUAACUCAUGUGGAAAAUGUCCCCGAUAUUCAAAGUAAAAACAAGACACGAGAAAAGAAAACGGCAUCACCAAAAACAAUGAAGCUAACAGGUAACAUAAAACUGGGCUCAAUCCAAGAGAAACAUGCUGCAGCGCAGGCUCGAGACACAAAACAAGCUCCUGAGGAUGAAACUGAUAAGCCAAGCAAACCUACUGAGGGUGACAGCAUUCAAGGAUAUAUGCAUGGACAUAUUCCCACUAAAGAAGUAAAUACAUUCACUUCCAAAGAAGAGAUAAACAGCACCAGUCUUCCUGUUGAACUGACUUCAAAAGUCCAAGAUCCUGAACCAAAAGUUGGCUCAGUUCAAGCUAAACCAGCCAAUACAGAGCAGCAAAAGGAGUUAUUAAAGGAAGAUCAGAUCACAAAUGAAAUUUUCAUGUUGUCCCUAAGCAGGAAUUUAGUAAAAGAUGAAGUAGAGGAGAAAAGUAAAGAAGAGGGUGGCAGGAAACCAGCAGAGAGUUUGGGCAUUCAAACAGAGGCUGUGACUGUUUGUGAAUUGUCCAAGAAUGUUGAAAAUCAGCUGCACAAAGGGGCUCUUUUAGUAGCAGGAGAAUCUGAAUGGAAGGCCUCAAAACCAAGUAAAAAGCUUAAUGACACAGCAGUGGAAAGCACUGAGUCACAGAACAGUUGCAAAGAGGCACUCAAGGGCAAAACCACAGAGAAAGACAUUACAAAUUCAGAGAAAUCAGCACAUCUAUCAUCAGAGGACAGAGGUUUAUCAGCUGAAUCCAAAGAAAAACCACUGACAGAAGUUACAUAUGCUCUGGAACAAAGGACAGGGGAGGACCAAGCAAGACUCCAUAAAACUACAAAACAGCAAUGUGAGAUCCCUUUGAAAGAAAAAGCAGAGACCAGUGGUGAGAAAACAAAGGCACUGGUAGAAAGCCGAACCAAAGACGAGGAGGUCUGGGAUGAAGACACAAGUCUGGAUGACAAACAUGCCAGAGAUGUAAAAGAAAGACAAAGUCCAGAAAUAACAGACAUAAACACAAAAAUGUUGGGUGCCGAAGCUGAUAAAGAAAAGAAGAGUUUACAGAAGGAGACUCAAGAAAGGGCUUUUGUUGCUAGAGACCAAGGGGAGGAUGUUACGGCAAUGCAGGAAAAUGAUCUAAAUGCUAAUCUAGAUCAGAACCUUGUGGAGGUGAAAUUCUCACAGAAGACAUCAAAAAAACAUAUUUUACAAUCAGAUACAACUAAAGAACUGAAAGGUGUCGGCACUGAAGCUCAGUGGGCUGAAUAUACAGAGGAUUCAUCAAUAUUGGUGAGUGUGACUGAAACUGUGAAUGGUGACAGGAAAGUUAACAACCAGGAAGUCCAGGAGUCCAUAAUUGUUGGAGACCAGGAUGAGGACAUAACAAAACCGGAAAUGGUAAUAUCUCAGGAGAAGAAAAUGGAGAACCAAAAUAUAGAUGUAACUCAAGACCAGACCUCUGUAAUUACUGAAGUCACCAAAGAAAAAAACAAAACCAAUGAUAUGUCAGUGGAGAGUCCAGUAAAGGAAGCAACAACUGCAAAUGCAAAUAAUGAAGUUGGAAUCCAGCAAGACCAAGGUGAAGGAAUAACAAAAAGAGACCAAGAAAAAUCAACCAAAGCUACAUGUACAAAUAAUAAAUUUGAACAGGAACCACCAAUGACAGGAAAUAAAGUUCAAGAGAAGACAACGGCGAGCCAAGAAAAGGACACAACUCAAGAACUGGCCUUAGUAAGCACUAGUACUGAAAGUACCAAAGAAAAGACAGAAAUCAGUGAUUCAUCAGUAGAAAGAGUGGGGAAGGAGACAGGAGCUAUGAAUGCUAAUAGUUUCAGUAACCAACAGAUCCACCAAGCUGGGAACGUUACAAAAUCCGAGAUGAGCCAAUCAACAGAAUCCAAAACCAAAGAAACGCCUGAAACCAGUGAUUCCAACAAAUCAACAGAAUCCAAAGAUCCAAAAUCUGGUUUUAAACAGAGUCUUGAGAUGGUACGAUUAGAAUCUCCAGAGGAGGCAAAAUGCCAGAUUCAAGAACUAAAGGUUAUGUGUGCUGAGGAACCUAAAGAUGAGACUGAAACCAACGAUUCAUCAGCACAGAGCUUGGUGAAUGAGCCAGCAACUUUGCAUAUUAAUAGUGAUGCUGGAUUCCAACGGGACUUGAAGUCUGUAAAGGUUGAAGUCCAAGGCCAAGAGGAAUUGAUCAAAUCUAAAAUUCUAAGUCAUGAAUUUGAGCAGAGACCAGAGACAGUAGGAGCUGAAUUUCAGGAGAGGACACCAGAAAUCCAAAAUACCCAAGAGCUGACCUCAGGUAGUUCUAGUACUGAAGGUACCAAUGAAGUCAAAGAUUCCUCAGCUACAAAUGGUGAUAGUGACAUUAGCAACCAGUGUGUCCAGGCUCCUGUAACCAUUAACAACCAAGAUAGGAGCAUAACAAAACAAGACAGUGACAAGUCAGCAGAAUCCACAAGUCCAACAUCUGUUCUAAGAACAGAAUCUCCACAGGUGGUAAUAGAAAGCCAAAAUCAAGACAUAAAGGGUGCUGAGGGAGCUAAAGAGAAGGCUGAAACAAAGGAUUCAUUAGUAGAGAGUUUGGUGAAUGAGACCGCAGCUACAAAUGUUGGUAUUGAACUUGUAAUCCAGCGUGACCAGACUUCCAUACUGGUUGGAGACAAAAAUGAUGACAAAACAAAGCCAAAGGAAGAAAAAUCAACCCGAGUUCAAGAGACGACAACGGUGAGGCAAAAAGUGGAUAGUACGGGGAGCACUAAUACUGAAUCUGCCAAAGAGACUAAAGGUAAGGAGUCAUCAGUAGGAAGACUAGUGAAAGAGACAGCGGCUGGAAAUGCUAAUGGUGAAGUUAGCAAUGAAUCUAUCAAGAUGUCCAUAACUGUUAACGACCAAGAUGGGAGCAUUACAAAAUCAAAGAUAGGCAAAACAACAGAUUCCAAAACCAAAGAAAAGCUGGAAACCAAGGAUUCUUCAGUAGAGAGUCUGGUGAAUGAAACAGAAACUGAAGUUGGCAGCCAGCAUGCUACAGAUAUUACAAAACAACAUACAAACAAGUCAACACAAUCCAAGUGUCCACAACCUGUUCUAAAACAGAGACCAGACACAAUAAAAACAGAAAAUCCAGAGCAGAUAGAAAUCAAAAAUAAGGGUGGUGCAGAAAAUAAAGAGAGUCCUGAAACCAAGACCGCAACGGCAAAUGCUGGUAGUGAACUUGUAAUCCAGCAUGGCCAGACUUCCAUACUGGUUGGAGACAAAAAUGAUGACAAAACAAAACCAAAUGAAGAAAAAAUAACUACAGUUCAAGAGAUGACAAUGCUGAGGCAAAAAGUGGAUAGUAAUAAUACUAAUACUGAAUCUGCAAAAAAGACUAAGGUUAAAAAGUCAUCAGUAGGAAGACUAGUGAAAGAGAUGAUGGCUGGAGAGAGUCCUAAAUCCAGGGAUUCAUCUGCAGAGAGAUUGGUGAAUGAAAAAGCUAGCAAUGAAAUUAGCAGCCAAAAGGACCAGAAGAGCACACCUGUAAAUCUGGGGAAACAUGAAACAAUUGCUGAACAGCCCACAGCUCCAGAUGCUAACCAAGAACAGAAACCAAAGUCUGUAGUGACAAAGGUUCUUGAGAAGACAACAAAAGAUGCUGAAUUAGCAGUAACAUCACGUGUUUUCACAGCUGGAAAAGUAGCUGACAAACAGGAACAGAAAAACCUCAUUAGAGAGGUUGUUGGAGUGGAUGAGGAACUGAAGGCAUCAAAGAUGGAAGCCAAGAAAAAAUCACCCACUGUUGUUUCCAGUGAGGUGGUACUUAAUGAUGAAGGAGCUAAAGAGAAAAGAAAAACAGAUGCUGCAGGUAGUACUUUGAAAAAAGGACUACAGCCUACAGAAAAAGCAUCCACUUUAUCCCAAAGCCUCCAGACUGCAGACUUUCCAUCUAGCAGGUUAGAUUUGGAACCUCAUCGCAAGCAGAGAAGGUACCACAAAAAAAGAUUUGAUGCUGACAACACUGAUGAUUUUAUCAAGAGCAUUAAGGAGGGUGGAAUGCCUUUCGCACUGCCUCCAAAGAAGCAUACUCAUAAAAAGUCCCCACCUCCACAUUUUGUCCUGCCACCCAUCAAGGAGGACCAUUUUGAGAAAACAUUUGAUCCUGAGGAGUUCCAGUUCGGCUUAAGGAAAAAUGGACGGACUUUUAUUGACCUUUUACCAACUACAAUUCUUAAACAAAAAGCAUCUGAAAGAGAAGGCCGAACUCUGGAAAAAAAUGCCCCUCCCACACCUGAAAAGCAAAUAAACACUUUCAGUGAGGUUGAGGGUAAACCUGGGCUCCAAGGGGGGACCAAGGCUGAAGCAGGUAAGGAGGGGCAAAACAAUGGAGAAGAGCCUGGAAAGUUUACAUCAAGACUUAAUAGGAUGUCCAUCCUCUCCAGCUUACUGAAUUCCCCUCGGUCCACCAGGAAUAGCAAAGAGGAAGUUUCCUCUGCCUCAAAUAGUAAACCUUCCUCUGACCAGCAGCAGGACUUGCCCUCACUCAGAAAUGUGGAAGUUGUUGAUUCUCUAAAGCCUGAUGUCACAGCUGAUAAAGUGGGUGUAAAAGGUGCAGAUCAAAGUCCAUUCCCUGGAGGUGGUACAGGAACAGUCAGUGAGUCAGUCCUAAGCUCCUCCUCUCCUCCUCCUCCUGUACUGCCCACGUUCUCUGAGAUAAAGCUGCCUGAUCAUUUUGAGAAAUUACUCAAGAAGAACAAAAAAGAAACUGAGACCUCCACAACACAGACAGUUCAAACUAACCAAAAGACAAAGGAGAGUACAGCUAUGGACAAGGACCUGAUAGCACGUCUAACUAAAGUGGACCUGAACCUAAAGGGCCCUGCAGAACUGCCUCCAACCACCAACUACAUCCAGCAGACCCCUCCAAAUGGAUUUUCUACUUCAAAGCCAAAGAUUCCUGCAGUAAGAGGGUUCCACAAAAGACCUGGAAAGAUCAUCAUACAUGAGCACGCUCAGUUUGGAAGAGAGGCCUUUGAGUUCUACUCUAAUGUAGAAGAUGCCACCGCCAUGAAGCUGUCCCCCAUCAUAUCAGUGACAAUCAUCAGAGGAUGCUGGCUUCUGUAUGAAAAACCUGGCUUCCAGGGCCGUGUCAUUGCUCUUGAAGAAGGUCCUACAGAUCGCAUCGUGAACAUGUGGGCAGAGGAGGAAAUUCCUGCAACACUUGAUGAGAUGGGUGAACCUAUUCCAACAGCGCCUGUGGUCAUCGGCUCUAUUCGGUUGGCAGUGAGGGACUACAGUGUACCCCAUAUUGACUUGUUUUCAGAGGUAAAUGGGUUGGGGAGGAUGACGUCCUAUUGUGACGACACUGUUGAGGUCAGCUCCUUUGGGAUCCCGCAGACUACCGGCUCCAUUAAGGUCCAUUCUGGAGUCUGGCUGGUGUACACCGAUCCAGGGUUUGAAGGGUUCACAGGGGUGCUGGAGGUGGGAGAGUAUCCCUGCCCAGAGGCCUGGGGCUUCCCUGAGCCCUUCGUUGGCUCGCUCAGACCCCUCAGAAUGGGAGCGAUAAGAGUGGAGUGUCCCAAUGAAAUCAAGGCCUUAUUGUUCGAGAAACCCAACUUUGAUGGAGAAUGUAUAGAGAUUGACCGGGACAUCUACAACUUACAAGAGCAGGACGAAGAAUCAGACAAACCUGCUGUGAACAAGAAGUCGCUGCCUGCAGUCGGGUCUCUAAAGAUCCUCGGUGGUCUCUGGGUGGGCUAUCAGGAGGCAGACUUUGAAGGCCAGCAGUACAUCCUGGAAGAGGGGGAGUAUCCUCACUACAGUGACUGGGGGGGGUCUGAGGAUGGGCUGCAGUCACUUCGGCCUGUAAUUGCAGACUUCCUGUCCCCACAUGUUAAACUGUUCAGUGAGCAGAACUUUAACGAGCGAGGCCUCAGUGCAGACUUGCUGGUACCCGUCCUCAACCUUGAAGACACCGGCCACGGUACCAAAACCCAUUCUGUCGACGUCAUCAGCGGAGUGUGGGUAGCAUUUGAGAAGCCAGGAUUCAGUGGGGAACUCUAUGUCCUGGAGAAAGGCAUGUAUGCAAACCCAGAGGACUGGGGAGCUCAGAGCUUCAGGAUUGCAUCCAUACAGCCUGUCUUCCAUGACAGCAUGGAAACCACAAAAUUCAAGGUCCAGCUGUAUUCUGAACCUGACUUCCAGGGACGGCUGGUCUCUCUGGAGGACAGUGUGCCAGCUCUGGAUGAUGACUUCACACCCAGGUCCUGUAAGGUGCUGGCUGGCAGCUGGGUGGCUUAUGAGGGAGUCCAGUUCACAGAGAACAUGUACGUCCUGGAGAAGGGAGAAUACCCAAACACAGAAGCCAUGGGCUUCCUGUCCUCAGACUCGAACAUCCGGUCCAUUCAGACUACAGGACACGAGUUCUCUCUGCCCUCCAUCCUCCUGUUCACUAGGGUGGGCUGCAGAGGACGCAGGGUGGUGCUGACGCAUGCAGCUGUGAACCUGCUACAGGCUGGACUGGACACCCGCAUACGCUCCCUGGUGGUGGAGGGAGGAAUGUGGGUGGUGUAUGAGGGCAAUAACUACAGAGGUCGACAGCUGAUUCUCCGACCAAGCGAAGUGGCUGAUUUGUUUCAGUGCAGCGGCUGGCAGCGAAUAGGAUCCCUCCGUCCAUUACUGCAGAAACCGAUGUACUUCCGCCUGAGGAACAGGGAGACGGGAUGUAUGAUGUCUCUGACAGGAACGCUGGAUGACAUCAAGCUGAUGAGAGUUCAGGCCGUGGAGGAGACAGGAGGAGAGGAGCAGGUGUGGCUCUAUCGAGAUGGCUAUCUCACCUGCAAGGUGGUCGAGGAGUGUUUCCUGGAGUCCACAGGCAGCGUGAUGAUGGCGGGCAGCCGGCUCUGCAUUUCACCCGAGCGAGGCAGAGACAGCCAACUGUGGAGCAUCAGCCCAAAUGGCGUGGUGCACAGCCACCUCAAACCAGACCUCAUCCUGGAGGUCAAAGGUGGCCAUCAGUAUGAUAAAAACCAGGUGAUCCUCAACAUGUUUGAUGAGCAAAAGCUGAACCAGAGGUGGAGUUUGGAGUUGCUGUGACAGCUGUUUGACCCUCUCAGCCUCCUGAUGAAGCUGGAUCAGGAGGCUGGGCCCUCAGGCACAGCUCCAUGUGGAGCACACAGAUGUUCUCUGCCAUCUUGGUUGCUUGGAAAGAGGAACUUUUAAAUUACAAUGAAAUUUUCUGUGUUUUUGAAUUUUAAAUAAAAAAAAAAAAAAUUUUUUUUUUAGCUGAACUUUAAACCAAAGACUGUUUUCUUCAGUGAGGCCUCAGCCCUGUGUCAAUGCUGCACUCUUUUCUUUACCUGUAAGGUACUUUUCUCCUAAACACUGACUGGCAGCAGGAUCAAGAGUGACAUGCUUAAACACCAAAAGCUUUUUGUAGAUCAAAAUGAUCUGUUGUAAAGUUUUGUCUUUUUAGUUUUUUUACACAAACUUCACUGUAUUGUUUGUGCAGAAACACUGUGUAGACUUUGAGUUUAACUCUGCAGCCAUCUGCUAGUUGUAAAUGUCUGAGAAUAUGGUUACACAUUAAAAUGAAAACAUGAUUUUUUUCUGUCU